AUGGCGGCGCAAGAUGAAGUUGACGUCUGUGAAAGUUGGGAGGAUAUGGACGAAAUUGGCUUAGACCAGAAGAUAAAACUUAUGUCCAGCCUCCCUUCAGCAACAACAUUAAAAUCUUGCAAGGUUACAAACGUAAUAGUUGAGGAUAGCGCGUGUAUUGGGUCUCAGUGCAUAAUGCCAGAACCAGCGAUACGUAUAUUGAAGAGGCCUUCGUCAACUGGCAAUGGUCAGCUAAAUGGAGAAAAUCGCGCCAGGCCUGUAAAAACCUUGGAACAAAGACAAAAGGAGUAUGAACAGGCUAGGCUAAGAAUACUAGGGGAAGCCAGAAGCCCAGAAGACGUCAUCGACGAUAACCUAUCCCGCCUACAAGACAAAUUACAAGCAAAUAACUUAAACGAAAGUAAAGCAAAGAACUGUCAAAAUGAAACCAAAGUGAAGGAAAGAAAGGUGCUAGCAAGAAUACCUGGUGCUUCAGGUAUAUUUCCAUCUCCUCCACCACCUGGUGUCUUGGUGAUACGUACACCUAGGGGUCCUGAUGGAACCAAAGGCUUUGUACGAAGGUAG